AUGUUCAAGGACAUCCAAGCGGCAGCCAAGCUCGACUCGUACGAAGGUGCACUAAUUCGGCUUUGCCGGUCGCGGGGCUACAGCAAGUGGCCGUACCGGCAGCUGGCCGCGAUCGCAAAGAAGAUCAAGCGCCUCGAGGCGAUUCUCGCCGAGAAACCGAGCAUCUCGAUGCCCCUCGUCCAGGCGCUGCUCGAGCAGCACCGAGCCGAGUACCAAGCCGUCAAGUACUGCAAACCGGUCGUCAAUAACCCCAAGCAGACCGCCCAGCAAGACACAUCACGCAAAAUGUCGCUAGAUUUCAUUAUGGGCUGUGACGAGUAA